AUGGGCGCUGAGAUCAAUUCGAGAGAUCUCGAUGGCUCAUCGCCUCUCCAUCAGGCGUCUACCAACGCUGACGAAGAAACUGCCAAGUUGCUCAUACUGAAAGGCGCCGAUGUCAAUGCGGUGGACGGGUAUAAUGCAACACCCCUAUACCGCGCCGCAGAGGCGGGGGACGAAGCAGUCACCCAGCUUCUUCUCGAUGCAAAUGCCGAUCUACUUGCCAAGAACAGUUAUCUCCAAACAGCUUUACAUAAAGCAGCUGAUAGAGGACAUCUUGCCAUAGUGGACUUGCUCCUUCAGCAUGGCGCAGAUGUCAAAGCGAAAGAUCACUACGGAUACACGCCAUUCUAUCGUGCUGCCGACCAAGGACAUGAAGAUGUGGCAAGACUAUUGCAAGCUUUCACCCGACGAGGUUGA